AUGUACACAGCAUCACCGAGCGUGCCCAAUCAAGCCAACAACCCAGAAAUGGACCAGAACCACCAAAGGGCUUUGAGAGCUCAUCAAUUCCACCCUGCCAGACCCGCCAUUAUCGAUCUCUUCAACCUUUACUUAGGGAGAAGUGUCCGCCAAAAAUCAGAUGACUCGAUUCGAGAACUUCCGAAUAAAACACAGAAGCGUGUUACUGCUCUUAAUAGAGAACUUCCACCUCGAAAUGAACAAUUCCUUUUAGAUUUUGAGCAGCUUCAGAGCCAGUUUUCUGACCAGGAGCAACUACGUGCGUUGACAGAAUCUGUUCUUAUUUCUUUGGUUACUCAGUGUAGUGGUCAUGCACCCCGGGCGGAAUUUCUUCUCUUUGCUUUACGUAGUUUGUGCAGCAUUGGUUACAUAUAUUGGGAUUCAUUUCUGCCCUCCCUUCUUUCCUCAGUUUCCUCAGCUGAGAUAUCAGUUGGUCAAGGGAGUCAGCCAGUGGCUGCUGUCUCUUCUAUAAAUUUAUCACAGUCUGGUCCGUUGCUGUCAUCCAGCACAAUCCCAAAUUCCUCUAAUUUUCAGUCUUCAAAUCCUGCAUCUCCUUUGCCUUCAGUUCAUGGUAUUGCAUCACCAUCUCAGUCAGCUACUGAGCCAUCUUGUGUGACUUUGUUACCGGUAAAACCUUCUGAUAUGACCUGCACAGGACAACAGACUACAAUAGCGACCAAUUUAUCUGUCAGAGAUAAUGCUAUAAGUAGUUUGCGCCAGUUGUGUUGCAAGAUAGUUUUGACUGGCCUCGAGUCCUAUUUAAAGCCAGUCACUCAUGCUGAUAUUUUCUACCAUAUGCUUAAUUGGCUAGUCAAUUGGGAUCAGAGACAACAGGGGAUCGAUGAGACUGAUGGUGCAAAAUCCUGGAAACCUGACAAGGCCCUAAUUGAAUGGCUUCGAAGUUGUUUGGAUGUGAUUUGGCUGCUGGUAGAGGAUGAUAAAUGCCGUGUACCAUUUUAUGAACUACUGCGUAGUGGCUUGCAGUUCAUAGAAAAUAUACCGGAUGAUGAAGCAUUAUUUACACUUAUUUUGGAAAUCCAUAGGAGGCGAGAUAUGAUGGCUAUGCACAUGCAAAUGUUAGAUCAACACCUGCACUGCCCUUCUUUUGGUACUCCUCGGCUUUUGCCUCAGGCACCUACUAAUAUAUCUUGUGAACCAGUGACUCACAUGAGAUUUUCGCCAAUCACCUACCCAAGUGUGCUUGGAGAACCCUUGCAUGGAGAGAUGGUUUCACAUUCAGAUGUUUUAUCCUUAAAUUUCCUUGAGGCAUUAAUAAUUCGUAUACAGAAAUGGAACCGUUUGACCAGGGUGAUUGGCUGUGGGAUUCCAAAGAAUCAGGUCCAGACAUAUGGAGAUUUUUCUUCCUUUUUAGGAAAGGAAAUUCUAGACAACUAUGAUUGGGGAGAUCUCAAUGGCCAAAGAAAAAGGGUGAUUGGCUGUGGGAUUCCAAAGAAUCAGGUCCAGACAUAUGGAGAUUUUUCUUCCUUUUUAGGAAAGGAAAUUCUAGACAACUAUGAUUGGGGAGAUCUCAAUGGCCAAAGAAAAAGGUGA